AUGUCGUGGAUGCCGACCAUGCGUGGGCCGCCUACGAAGGCGGCUGCGGCUCACACCCGUACGUUCUGCACACCAUCUUGCGUACGCCAGGCACCACCACCUAGCCGUCGCAUGCGACAGGGCUCUCGUGCUUCGAAAUCCUCGACACAGCCAGCACCCUCGCAACGUGAGAAGGAACCGGCGCCGACGCCUACGACAUCCUGGAACAACCCACUGUACCGCGCUGCCAGCCGCGUCCCACGUCAACUCCUUCCGUACAUCCGACUCGGGACCGAUGCGCCUUUGGCCGACCUCAAAGUGGCCCCGCUGACCCAAAAAGAGCUGCAUCGUGCGAACACCCUCUUUUUCGGGCCCCACGCCGGCUGCGAGCUGGGCGGGACCAAGGGUCCACGCAAGACAUACGCGCCGCCGAUCGCUGUGCCAGCUGGGGCCCAGGUCGGCGAAGGACCUGGCCGAAAAGCGGUGAUCCGCUCGCUCCUGGACAGCCAAGUGCGAGCCGGCGAUUACACGCCGUACUUGCCGAAGCAGACUCUCCACGAUCCAUCGCUGCGCAAGCCGGAUGCGGCACGCAAGCCUGAGAAGCGGGCGCUGAUCGACGCUGAUCAGGCGAUGUCGGCCAAUGCCUCCUUGCACCCCAUGGCGCGCCGCUUUGUGAUCGAGCGUAUCGCAGCUCAGCUGCGAACAACUAGCUAG